AACGCGUACAAAUGAAAAAAAACAAAAGAAUUAUUAAAUCUUGUACAAUAAACAAUUAGCAAAAAAAAAAAUAAUAUUAAAUUAAUUAAUUUUCUCAAUUAAAAGAGCAGAAAUUUUAUCGCAAUUUUUUUGUACAAUUUUUUGUUUUCUGUGAAAAAUCAGUUUUCAAAUAACAGACACUGAAACAAAAACAAUCGAGAAGGGACAAAAAAAAAUAAUUAACGGACGAUCGAACCAAAUCAAAUGAUUGAACAUUCACAAUAAUAUCAUCACCGAAUUGAUUGAGAUCGACUAUAUCGUAAUGUCAUAAUAUCAAUUGACGGUUCAGUUUAUUUGAGUUGACAAUAGUUUUGUUUUUAAGGAUUGGUUUUUCAUUUCGCAUCAAUUAAACAGUGUUCUUUUUAAAAAGAAAUCACCAUUAUUCAGACAAUAAAAACAACAACAAAAAAUCAAAGUGAAUCAGUGGAACAGACGACAUAGCAACUGUAGUAGCAAAAAAAAAGACACACAUAAAAAGUGUAAAAGAGUAGCAAUUGACAAAGUUGACAGAAAGAGAGAGAGUGUUUGUUUUUUUUUUGCAAAUUCUGUAGAUCAGUGGAAUACAUCACAUCAAAAUAAAAAAAAAACACAUUCUAACCAUACACACUCACACACUGAAAGAAGGAAACACUAACUAAGCUCAGGAUUAUUUAAUUUUGUUCAACGAAACAAAAAAAAAAACACACACACAGAAAUACCCAAAAAGCAACUAAGUAAGCAAAAUACGUGGAACGAGAAAAAAAUAUAUAUAAGCGAAACAUACGCAAAGUGAAAACAAAAGCCAGCAACAUCGACAUCCAACAAAACAAGAAACAAAGGAAAAAAAACGUUUUUUUUUACGGAACAAACACAAAUAAUAAUAGUACUAAUAAAAAAGGAAUAGUAAAUUUUUUGGGAUUUCGGUAACAUCAACAACAUCAGCAGCAACAAAAUUACCAGCGAAAAAAAGGAUAUUGAAAACAAACACACGAGAUAAAAGAAACGAAAAAAGCAACAUUAGACCGAAUAAAAAUAGUUUGAAAGGAAAAAGAAAGAGAGAAAAAAAUAAGAAAAACAAAUCCAGAAUAAUUGUGUGUGUUGUGAAACGGUUGGCAUAGUGUUGUGUCUGUGCAAGUGCAAAUUAAAAUUAAUAUUCGUUAUCUACAUCUAUUAUGUUGUGUUGAUCUUUUAUGUUGGCUGUUUCGUGGUGCAUUGUGGUGCCGAAUAUCGAAUAAAAAAUAUUUAAGAAAAACAAAAAUAUCGCAGCAGAGAGAAUCUAUAAAAAAAAACAAUUUCAGAAAGAAUUAGUUGAACGAAGAAUAAAAAAAGUGACCAAAAAAAACCAAACCAAAAAAAUAUCACACACACAAGAACGGAUAUAAACAAAACACACAAAAAAAAACAAUAUCUCCUAUUGAAAUUCGGUGCGUCUGUGUAAAUUAAUCAGAGUUUUUCAUGCGUCUGCCAGUCUUAUCCAUUUGUAUUCGUCGCCACUGUAUAGAAUAUCAAAACGCCUCCGUUGGAUUGUGCUGUGUAGCUGGUUGGUUUUCCUCUUCAGAUAAAGUCAUUUUGUAAUGUAUUAUUGAUCGCAACCACGGAGUCGAUUAAGUUCGACAACCGAGCUGUACAGCUCGGUUCGGGAUCGAUCCCGAUUCCAUCAAGAAUUGAAACAUUAACAAAAACCACAUCCUCGUCAUCGGCCACAACGACUAAGAACGAUGAACAGCAACAAAACAACCGACAAGCGACCGGUUCACCCGUAAACACAUCAAACCCAUUAAAGUCACAAUUAUCGCCAGAAACCGAAGCACAAUCAUUGACACAGCACGAAAACCCACAAAUAGACUAUCAAUCAGAAGGUGAAGCAUCGACGUCUCCGCCAACAUUGUUUCACGCAGCAUCAGCUAUGCCACCACCACCACAAGACUCACCACAAACGGAAUUGGCUCCGCGAAAACGGCGCAGAAAACGUGAUGAUCCACAAAAUUGCUUAACUAACUCGGAGGAAUUUGAUUCAGACGACGCGUCUCCAUUAUCUUGUUCAGAUGUCGAAAGUUUCCAAGGUAAAAUCGUUUACAAUCCGGAUGGCAGUGCAUAUAUAAUUGAUUCAGAAAACGAAUCCUUGUCAAAUAUUUCAUCGGCCGACAAUUGUGCAUCAGAAGGUGUUCAUUUGCCAGUGACGCCAAAUAAUCCAAAAAUUCAUUCCUUUCGUGUUGUAUCAGCAAUUGAUGCUCAAUGUUUAAUACCAUCGAGCGGUGCUGUUGACAGCACAGUAACGCAGCUCAGUAGUGGAUCAUCGGCUGGCAAUAAUUUAGAUGCAAAGACGGCAUCAUCAGCGGCCAAAAUAACAAAACCAAUACUUAUGUGUUUUAUAUGUAAAUUAAGCUUUGGAAAUACGAAAUCGUUUGGUUUGCAUGCAAAUACCGAGCAUACAUUAAAUUUACAAGAAAACGAAAAGAAUUUACUAAAUCGAGAGUAUUCGAGUGCCAUUAUACAACGGAACAUUGACGAAAAGCCUCAAAUAUCGUUUUUGCAACCGCUUGGAUCAACGCAACCACAGAAGGAUACACAGUCAAAGUCUCAUACGAUCAACAGUGAUGCAGAUGAUUUAAGUGCCCAGCAUCUGCAUCAUUCGACCGAUCUAAUAGACGAACGGAAGCAACGACGAAAUAAUCUCUCCGAUAGUACUGAACUCUCCUCAUCAGUUGAAUCACUAACUGAAGAUCAGCAAAAACAACAGCCUCAGCUCACCUCUUCGCCGUUGAUUACACCUCAUUCGCAAUCGCAAUCACGACAACUAUUCGACGAAUCCCCACUGAAAUCCAAUAAUAACAGUUUAGUCGGUAUGUCGGUUUCAACGGCCAGUGCAGCCAGCAAAACGCUAAAUGAUCUAAUUAGUCAACAACAACAACAGCAGCGGCUUACUUCCUCAUUGCUCGCUCCAUUUCUGCAGCAACAGCAAUUGAAUCAACUUCGACAGGCUGCACAAUCUGGUUGUCCCGAACAUCCGAAUGGAAAAGGUGUCGAUUGCAAGACUUGUGAAUUGCUGGAGUGUAGUUUUUAUGGAAUUGGAACUGAUAGCAUAAGAUUGCCAAGAACUCCGAGCAAAUCACCAAACGGCAACGGAAACAUUACCGAUUAUUCACAGCAACCAGCUCAAAAACGUGAACCAGCUUCUACUUCACCACCUGAUACCAUACCAUUAACCAUAUCACCAACAAGUCAACCAGCACCUAGUUUUACAAUUGGUGCAUGUCCGGAACAUGUGAACGGUAGACCAUUUGGAGUCGAUUGUUCAAGAUGCGAGCUUAUUUUGAAUUCGGCUCGAUUGAAUACCGGUGCACAAAUAUCGACGCGAAAUUCUUGCAAAACACUGAAAUGCCCACAGUGUAAUUGGCAUUACAAAUAUCAAGAAACACUGGAAAUUCACAUGCGUGAAAAGCAUCCAGACGGCGAAAGUGCUUGUGGAUAUUGUUUAGCAGGCCAGCAACAUCCACGUUUAGCACGCGGCGAAUCUUAUACUUGCGGCUACAAACCGUACCGUUGUGAUAUCUGUAACUAUUCGACGACAACGAAAGGCAAUUUGUCGAUCCAUAUGCAAAGUGAUAAGCACUUGAACAACAUGCAAGAAUUGAGUAAUUCACAAAAUUUAAAUAAUAACUCAUCACUGAGUGCGAACGUUCCAAGCGGAACGACCAAUUCAGGUGCUGGUGAUAUUCGUGAUAGUCCAAAAAUCUUAUUGCCAAAUUUGCAACAACAACAAAAUCAACAAAAUCAACAGCAAACACAGCAACAGCAACAAGCUCAGCAACAACAGUUGGCUGCAGCUCAAAAUCUGUCCAAUUCAAAUAAGCCAAAAGCAUCGUUCCGCUGCGGCGUUUGUUCAUAUGAAACAAGUGUUGCGCGGAAUUUGCGAAUCCAUUGGACUAGCGAAAAGCAUACACACAAUAUGGCUGUAUUGGAGAACAAUAUCAAGCAUUUGCAAGCGUUAGGUUUCUUGCAACAGCAAAGCCAAGCAGCCGCUGGUCUGUCAACUGGAUUGCCACAAUUACCAGCAUUACCAUCACUUUCAUUGCAACAGCAACAACAACAGCAACAGCAGCAACAUUUGGCUGUCGCACAAAAUCUAAGUAAUUUAUCGAAUAUGCAGUCAUUUUUACCAGAAGCGGCAUUGGCCGAUUUAGCGUACAAUCAAGCACUUGUCUUUCAAUUGCUAAAUCAUCGAAAUCCAUCAGCGGCAGCAUUGACAGCUGCUCAAAAUCCAUUGGCCAAUGCAACGGCGAAUGCAACAAAUGCAAGCGCACCGCUUUUAAAUCCUAAUGGAAAUGGAAUCUCGCCCGUUGCAAGCUCAAAUAAUUCAAAUACAUCGGCGGCGGCGGCAGCAGCAGCAGCAGCAGCAGCGGCCGGUGCUAUUUCAAGUGCUGGUCUUGAAUCUGAUUUUGGUUUAAAUCCCGAUACAUUUGAGCCACCAAUUGAAACGGAUUUGUAUCCGACAACGAUGUACAGUUGUCUCAUUUGCGCCAAUUUCAAUACCAAUCAAAUCGAAGAGCUCAAUCAACAUUUACUAAUCGAUCGAUCGCGACAAAAUCAACAAGAUGUUAUGUUGAUUAUCAACGAAACGAAUAAAUCACAACACCAACCGACUUAUGUAUGUCGUUUGUGCAAUUACAGGACAACAUUGAAGGCCAAUUUUCAAUUGCACAGCAAAACUGAUAAGCACAUACAAAAACUCAACUAUAUCAAUCAUAUCAAGGAGGGUGGAACAAGUAACGAGUACAAAAUAAACUAUAAUAGUAACAAUACGGUGCAGUUGAAGUGUAAUUGUUGUGAUUAUUACACGAAUUCAAUUCAAAAAUUGAAUUUACACUCGCAAAAUAUGCGACACGAAAGCAUGAAAAUCAUUUUCAAUCAUUUGGUGUCAACAAUGGUGACCGUAUCCACGUCAUCAUUAUCGAAUGAUAACAACGAUGCAAAAACAUCAAUUGACACACCGAAAAAUGCGACAAACGAUGAUGCACACGAUUCAAUCGAUAAAUUGAAUGAAUCAUCGGAUAAUGUUGAUGCGAUCGGUUCGAUUGACAAUGCAACAACCGAUUCACAUCAGUCGAACGAUGGCGAAACACAACAAAAUGAAGGAACAGAAAAUGCGACAAAUCAAACGAUCAGCGUGAAAAGUGCAGAUGAACUAAAUGAUACGGCCAAAGAUAGUGCGACAGGAAUCACGGCGAUCAGUGUCAAAAGUACUGACGAUUUAAUCGAUACGUCUACCAAAGAAAAUACCGAUAACAACAACAGUGCAUCGUCACAAACUCAAUCAGCGACAACCAACAACAAUAAUAAUAACAACAACAGCAACAACAAUAACAAAGUAAUCAUGUGUCAAUUGUGCAACUUUAAAGCGAACCACAUUUUGGGAAUGGUGCAGCAUGUGAAAAGCUUCCAACACAUGCAAAUCGAGCAUUUAAUCUGUAUGCAACGUGCUAAAGAAAAUUUGGACUCAUUGGAAUUAACGGACGUGUUCACAAUCACCGAAUCUGAUUGUGGAUCCGGCGAAGGAAAUACCCGUCAAAUGUUCUCAGGGGAGGGAUCAAUGACUGGUGCAACAUCAACAAAUAUUUACAAAUGCAAUCAUUGCGAUUAUCUCACCGAAAACAAAUUCGAUAUUGUGCAGCAUUUGAGUGCGAUGCAUCCGCAAAGCAACGAUACCGAUUUUCAAAUAAUUUCAUCAUCGAAUGCCAAUGCACGUUGGAGUUCGGAUGAAAUGAAUUUGCUAUCGGGUGCCGGAAGAACCAAUAUAUCGACACCAACGCCAACCGAAAAAGAAGACGACAUCAAAUCGGAACGCAUGGAUGCCGAAAAUUCAGAGGAUGAUUUUAAUAUGAGUGCAAAUGAUGGAACGGAAAAUGUUGAUGGUACAAAUGAAUUUACCGCAGUGUGUCCAUUGUGCCAGGAUUCAUUUGGCGAUAAAAAAUCACUGGAAAAUCAUGUGAUGAAUAUUCACCAUGUGAAUACGGAUGGUUUGGCAAGACUGCUUAAUUUAUACGAAACUAGUCAUUGGUUGAAUAGUAAUAAUGGCAGCAGCAGUUCAUCGAUUACUGGAACGGCAUCAAUGAUGCAAGCAGCAGCAGCAGCGGCAGCGGCCACCAAUAAAAUUGGCAAAAGUCCCGGCAGCAGUGCCAGCAGUUGUGCAGACAAUUCCGAUAUUGAAUGUGUUAUGUGUGGCACAUCAUUGAAAUCGAUGUCCGAACUAUUUAUGCAUGCCAAUGAAUCGCAACACUUCCAAUUGACGGGCAGCAACAAUGAAUACAUGUGCAUAUUGCGUGUGUGCCAACAACAGUUUGCAUCAAUUAACGGAAUGUUAAGUCAUUUCAAAGAUUGUCACAUGAAUGCAGUGAUCUCAGAGCGUCACGUUUAUAAAUUUCGAUGUAAAUUGUGUUCGUUGGCAUUUAAAACACAAGAGAAACUCAACCAACACUUAAAGUAUCAUACGAUGCGCGAGGCGACCAGAUGUCAUUUGUGUUCGCGUAACUUCCGAAGUUUGGCUUCAUUGCAAAAGCAUAUGGAGCAAUUCCAUCAGGGUAAUAAUUCUGGUAUCAUAUCGACCAGCAGCCCAAUAACCUCGCCAAAUCUUGAUAAAUCCAAUGAGUACGACGAUUAUCCGAUUGCCGGCAGUCCGGAAAAUGAAAUGAUGGAAAUUCAACGUAGUAACAGUGUUGCGGCCGAUGAUCAAUCAUCGAUUUCCACUGAAAUGAUCAGCGAAACAACCGAUCUGGAUGAAUAUCUCAAUUCACAGACAAUGGCCGAAGAGGGAUACAAUGAUCUAAUGCGUAAAUUUAAGUGUAACAAAUGCAAAAUGGGAUUCACACAUCAAACAUACUUGCAACAACAUUAUAAAUCAAAUUUGCAUCUACGUCGCAAUGCCGAAAAAACGUCCAACUAUUCAUUUGAAAAAUAUAAUGAUCCGAAACGUCCGUUCAAAUGCGAAACAUGCCGCGAAAGUUUUACACAAAAUAACAUUUUACAAGUGCAUUUUAACAGCGUUUCACAUUUGCACAAGAAAAAGCAAAUCGAAAGCAUCACACCAUCGACCAGUCCAACGAUUGCCGCAACAAAUGCAUCAUCGUCUGCCGAAUUCGAUCGGCGAAGUGUUGAUUUCGAUCGAAAAUCGGUCGAUUUCGAUCGGAAAUCAUUUGAAUUCAAUGAAAUUGAAGGUGAAGUGCAAAAGAGAAAAUGCAGCCCGGACAAUGACUAUGACAGUCCAAAGAAAAAAUUUAAAUGUGACAUUUGUAAAGUUGCAUACGCACAGGGAAGCACAUUGGAUAUUCAUAUGCGUAGUGUAUUGCAUCAAACGCGCGCUUGCAAGGAGCAACAACAGUUACAACAACAACUUCAACAGCGCCAACAAUUUUCACCAAACAAUUCACAAUUCAGUGCAGUGAGUCCAACACCAUCGAAUAUGAGUGGCACCGGAAAUGUCGAUUUAAAUGAAUCGGCCGUGAAUGCACUGAAAGCAUCCAAUUCACCAAAAUUCAAUAAUCAAAUUUAUAAAAUGCUAUUGGAAAACUACGGGUCCGAUAUGGUCAAACAAUUUAUUGAAAUGAAUAAGAAUCCAAGCGGAGAGACCGCUCAACGCUUGGCCGCCAAUCCGGCACUUGCAAAUUUCCUACUGAACGAAGCCGCACUGAAUGCCAAUGCAAAUUUGACACAAUCGCUCAAUGCCGGCUUGAAUACACCAAGUAAUGCUGAAAAGUACUUCUGUCGUCAUUGUAAAAAGACAUUUUCCAGUGUGUUUGUAUUGAAAUCGCAUUGCGAAGAAGUGCACAAUGAAAAGGUUCCCGUCGAAUUUUUGGAAAAGUUUGCCGAAAAAUUCAAAGAUUUUUACAUGGACAGUGGAAAUGCAUCGAACGAUGGGCCGGACAGUGAAAUUCUUGAUUUCUCAAAAAAGAAUGCAGCCGAUUUAACGAAAGUGAAGGCAGAGACUAAUUUAUCGCAACCAUUGGCCGCAUCAUCGCCAGCAUUAGGAAAAUUAGCCGAACAAUCACAGCAAGCAUUACAAUUGGAGCAUUUGUCGCAACAAUUAAACAUUGAUCCAGCGACACUUGCACAAAAAAUCAUGGAACAAAAUUUAGCGGCUGCUGCAAACUUCCCACAAUUUGGCAUACCUGGUGGUUUGCAAGGACUUCAAAGCCUUCAACAUUUACAGAACUUGCCAGGAUUACCAGGAUUGGGAGGACUUCAAGGUUUGCAGAGCCUACAGAACUUACAAAAUCUACCAAAUUUGGCUGGGAAUCCACAAUUAAAUACACUUGAUAUGUUGAAUCUGAUGCAAUUUCAAAAUUUGUUAUCGUUGAACUUCAUGAAUUUGGCGCCACCACUGAUAUUCGGUGCGGCAGCCGCAGCACAACAGGCCAAUACCAACAAUGAAGCUGGUCUUAAUAUCGCACCAAAUCUUGGCCGUUCAACCGCUAGCAUGAGUUCUGUAUCGAGUAAUGCUUCUGAUAUCGCAGUAAAUGCAAAUCCAUUAGCAGCUGCUCAAAAGGUUCAAUUGUUACAACAACAAGCGGCAGCAGCACAACAGCAGGCGACAAGUAAUCAAAAACGUGCACGUACGCGAAUCACUGACGAACAGUUGAAAAUUUUACGCGCUCAUUUUGACAUUAACAAUUCCCCUAGCGAAGAAAGCAUUAUGGAAAUGUCGAAAAAAGCCAAUCUACCGAUGAAGGUGGUUAAACACUGGUUCCGAAAUACAUUGUUUAAAGAGCGUCAACGCAAUAAAGACUCUCCGUACAAUUUCAAUAAUCCACCGUCAACAACGCUCAAUUUGGAAGAAUAUGAACGGACGGGCCAAGCGAAAGUUACUUCUCUGGGCAAUGAAUUGAGCAAUUCAUUGCAACAGCAGCAAGCUGGCAAAGGAUAUCAACAAAAUCACAAUGCUCAAUCCAAUCAAAACGACAGCCGACCACACUCACAACCAUCGAGCAUCGCAUCGACUGAUCGAUCGGACUAUGCACAAGCUAUAAAAUCCGAGCCAAAUGACCUUGAUGAGUCACCGUUUCACCAUCAUAACUUAGCGCUAGCAGCAGCUGCAGCUGUUGCGGCUCAACAACGUCAUCUUCAACAACAACAACAACAACAACACAAACAAUCGCAGCAAAAAAACUCCGUUGACCACCACCACCAAAAUCUAAUGGAUCAGGAUGGCAGUAAUAUGCACAUGUAUUUUGAAACAAAAUCGGAAAGCGGCUCAGAAAUUCUGUCGCGGCCACCAACACCAAACAGCACUUCCUAUAGUAUCAAUGACAUGAUCAACCAGCAAAUCGAAAGUAUUCCAAUUAAUAAUAUUGCGAAUAUCAGUGGUGGUGGUGGUUCACAAAAUGAGAGCAACAACAGAGAAAUGGGUCCUCCAAAGAAAUUCCAACUCAACAAAAUGUUUGAAAAGAACUUUGAUGCCAAUUCAAAUUCAUCAAAUUCGUCAACGUCAAGCGGUAAACGAGCCAAUCGCACUCGUUUCACUGACUAUCAGAUAAAAGUCUUGCAGGAAUUUUUCGAAAAUAAUUCAUAUCCAAAAGACAGUGAUUUAGAGUAUUUAAGCAAAUUGCUAUUGCUAUCGCCACGCGUUAUUGUCGUUUGGUUCCAGAAUGCACGUCAAAAACAGCGUAAAAUAUACGAAAAUCAACCAAAUCAUUCGUACUGUGAAACGGAAGAGAAAAAAUCCAAUAUAAAUUACAAUUGUAAAAAAUGUAAUUUGGUAUUUCAACGAUACUAUGAAUUGAUACGUCAUCAGAAGAAUCAUUGUUUCAAAGAGGAAAAUAAUAAGAAAUCGGCUAAAGCCCAAAUUGCUGCCGCUCAAAUAUCAUUGGAGCAACAGCAACAAAUGCAACAACAGAAUAUGAGCAGUGAAGAUUCAAGCUCAAGUAUGGAUGUAAACAAUAGCAUUAGCGGCAGCAAUGUACAACAUCAAUCCGAGCAACAGAAUACACUUGGAGGUACGUUAUUUGGUGGUGUUGGUGGUGGUUUUGGUAAUUCACAGCAACACAAUGACAACCCUAGUAAUGCAACUAGUCCCAAUUUAAGUUUGUACAAAAGCACUCUAUCACCACAAUCAUCAUCGGCACAACAGCAACAAUCAUUUCUUCAACAAGGCGGUGGCGCAACAACACCAUCGUCGAAUGCACGUCACGAUCAGCACCAACUAAUGAAUUUAAUCAAUCCAAAUUUGUUAUUUAAUCAGCAAUUGCUCGGCCAGGGAUUCGGUGACACAACACCAUUUAGUUUACUUCAAAAUAUGGCGGCGGUUGGCGGUGGAAGUGCAACUAGUUUGCUCGAUAAUUCCGUCGAUUUGUCACAGAAAAAGCGUAAACUAUCCGAAUCGAGUGAUAAUGAGCUGAACGAUUUUAAAACAUUGAAUAAAAAAUACAAAGGCGAUCAAUUUGAAUUUUUAUACAACUAUUACAUGCAAAACGAACAAAAUGACGAGCUCAAGAAACAAGAUAAAAAUAGCAUGGAUUUUGACUAUCUAUUUCAAUACUAUCAAAUGAAUGAAUUGAAGAAAAAAGGCGGCAACUUCGAUUACCUCUAUCAAUACUAUUUGCAAAAUGAGAAAAAUCAAAAGCAAUUGGGCUCGCCAACAUUACAUUCUAAAUCACCGGGAUUGGAUGCAUUUGGUGGCGAUAAACCAAGUUUUGACUAUCUGUUGCAAUACUAUCAAGUAAAUGAAUCGAAAAAAUUUCUACAAGAUAGCGCCAGCCAAUUACAAGAGCCGAAAGCAGACAUCAAUCAAACCACCGCCAUUAUGAAACAAAUGUUGAGUUUAAUUCAAAAACAACAACGUUCCGUUGCCGCACUUCAAUCAAAUCCACACUUUAAAUCGCAAACAAAUGAACAACAGCCACCGCAACAACAGCAACAACGUCCAACAUCUGUAUCGCUCGCAUCGACUGCCUCAAUGGAAUCGCUGAACGAACAAAAUUCAGACGUAUUCAAUGCAAACACUUCAGGACUAUCGAGCGGACGAAGUCCCGAUCGUAAUGCAAGCGGUACAGCAGCCACAACAGAAAAACAAAGUAACAAACGCUUGCGAACAACCAUUUUACCCGAACAAUUGAAUUUCCUUUACGAAUGCUAUCAGAAUGAAUCGAAUCCAAGCCGAAAAAUGUUGGAAGAAAUUUCCAAAAAAGUCAAUUUAAAAAAACGAGUAGUUCAGGUUUGGUUCCAAAACGCCCGUGCCAAAGAUAAAAAGAGCCGAAACAGCCGAUGUUACACAGACGAUGAUAGUUUGCAUCAAUCAUCGUCGGUUGCGUCACCCGAUCUUCAAUUGGAUGACUGUAAAAUUUGCGGCAUUCAAAAAAUUAAUUUACAAGAGCAUGUUUAUUCGCGUGAGCAUUUGGCCCAAGUGAAAACACUACUUGAAAAUGGUGGCAUUAAUUGUUUAACCGAUCAGAUGUCGGCCACAUUUGAUAAAUCGCCAUCGGUAACACCAACACCACAGCAACAGCUUCAGCAAACAAAUCCAUCAUUUAUAACCGGUCUCUACAAUCAAUACAUUCUACAGCAAAAUAAUUCGCAACAACAAUUGAACAGUGCAACAGCGGUGACGGCGGCUGCCAAUACCGCUGCACCAAAUGGUGCUGCUUCGUUUACAGAUGAAGGUGGCGAACAUCAAAAAUUGGACGAAAUUCAUUCAAAUCAACCAUCUACAUCGCCAAUGGAAAACAAUUUAAUGCUACAAAUCAACACCGAUAAACAAUCAACAACAUCAGCAACAACGAACAAUGAAAUUCUACAACAACUUUAUAAUUAUAGCCAAAUGAGCGGUGAGUUAAUCAAAUAGAAUCGUCGUCAAAUCAAUAAAUUAAAAUGGGCAAAAAAUGUUGAGAAACAAAUGAACACAGAGACAUCACAGAGUCGAUCUCGUGCGUACAACACAACCAUCAUGCCGAAAGAUGAACUAUAUUAUAUUUCUUGGUAUUAUAAUUAAGAAUUACACAUUCUCAAACAAAACGGUUUUUAGAAAUUAGGGAAGACAAAAACAAAUUGCUCAAAUUUAAUUUAAAAA